GGACUUUCCAUCCAAAUAGUCAAACUAAUUCUUCUGCAAAUCGAAGCCUAAGUACAAUUCCAUGCACCUGGUUUGGUAUUUCUUGCGACCCUGCUGGAAGUGUCAUCCAAAUUAAGCUAACCAGCUUUGGUUUACAAGGGUCCCAUUCCCAAUAGCAAAGCAUUUGUACAGGCUACCAUGGAAGACUUGCGAGGGAAUAAGGGAUUGUGCGGGAAUGGUUGAGGGCUACGACCAUGCAAACAUAUAUCAAAAAGGUCCCACAAAGGAGUGCUUGUAGUAAUUUUCCCUGUCGUUGGAUCACUUUUAUUUCUUCUUGCUUUCUUCGGAAUUCUUCUCGUUUUACAAAGAAGAAAGAAAGAUCUACAAUCAAAAGAAGGCAACAAGCAGAAUGGAGGACUACUUUCGGUAUUAACUUUCGAUGGAAGAAAGAUGUAUGAAGAAAUCGAAAAAGCAACUGAAGGUUUUAAUGACAUAUAUUGCAUCGGAAAUGGAGGAUGCGGAGUCGUCUAUAAAGCAAACUUGCCAUCUGGUGAGAUAGUAGCAGUGAAGAAACUCAACCUGCAACCUGAUGGUGAUCAGAAAAUAAUCCAAAAGCAGUUCUUAAAUGAGAUAAGGACAUUAACCGAAAUACGACAUCGAAACAUCGUCAAACUUCAUGGAUACUGUUCACAUAUUGGACAUUCGCUUUUGGUUUACGAGUACCUCGAAUGUGGUAGUUUGAGAACAAUUAUGGAGAAUGAAGAGGCUGCUAAAGAAUUAGAUUGGCGUAAGAGGUUGAAUAUUGUUAAAGGAGUGGCUCAUGCCUUGUCUUACAUGCACCAUGACUGCUCACCACCAAUAAUUCAUCGGGACAUAAAGAGUAGCAACAUCUUGAUAGAUUCUCAACAUGAGGCUCAUGUUUCAGACUUUGGCACAGCUAAGCUUCUCGACCUAAACUCAUCCAAUUGGACAUCCUUUGCAGGCACAUAUGGAUAUAUGGCACCAGGUAAUUUAUUUUAUUGUUCUCUCCAUUUAAUUUUAAGGUGAAAAUAUGAAACACCUUCAAAUUAACUACCAAUCAAAUUUGUGAAUCACCCCCUUAAUAACCAUCCAAAAAUUG